AUGUGCUCUCAGUUACGCUACUGCAACACCCUCCUUACUGGUCUGCCUAUCUUCAGUCUGACCUCCUCCAAUCUUCCUUCUGUAGCCAGAGCAAACAUUCUGAAACGCAAAUCUGACUACAUCAUUCCCUUGCUUAAAGCAGUUCAGUGGCCCCCUUGUGUCUCGCAGGAUAAAGGCCUGGCGUCGAAGAACAGAGCCUGGGCGGUGGUGCACACAGCCCCGCCUGUCAGGCAACCUUGGGCCGGUCACCUGUCCUCCGCUGGUAGUGCAGCAGGGAAGCUCUUUCCGGCAACCGAGGUGCGGCGCCGGCAGCUGCUGUGGUGUGACAGAACCUGCCUCUGCGGCUCCGCUCUCCAGGCGAGGCCUGCAGAGAGGCUCGCCGGCGCCUCCAGCCCCUCCGACCUUCUUCGCUCAGUGAAGCAGGCCGUCCGAGCUUUACCAAAUCCCCACCCAAAAAGGACUGAAAAUUUUUGUUCUAAACGACACAAGAAGUAUGGCCUAGAUCGUUUAAUUAUCCAUGGUGCUAAAAAGGCAGCUCACCAGCCGUGGCUCGCCGAGGAGGGGACCGCUAACGGAAUAAGCUGGAAUGCAGAGAGGGAAGAGACCGGUCACCGCCCGGAGGGACACGAGACCCUCCGCGCCCUCCCCUGCAGUGGCCGCAGCCCGCCGGGGACGCAGUGGGCCGCCCCGCCCACCGGCUGGCUCGCCGGUCUGCAGCCGUCUCCUCCGGGCGCACCGCGCAGAGCUCCGGAUUCCCUGGACCCUGCGGAAAGGCCACCGCGUGGAGGACACGCCGCCCCUCUCUGGCCCUCUGGUCCCCGCGGCUCCUGGCCCGACGCCACCAGCAUCGCAGGUGCAGCCCAGGGCAGCGCGGUCACAGGUUUACAAGCAGAGGUCAAUCAAUCAGCCAAAACUUGUCCCAAAGUGCUGUUUCCAAGAAUGAAGACUUCUCCUCUCAUUCUACCAGACAGAGCUUUGUAAUGUUACAAAAUCAGAAGACACCUUUUUACCAGACAGAGCUCUGUAAACCAGAAACACUUUAAUUCCUGACCAUCUAAGUCAUAACCUGGGACGGCAUCCUGAACCAGAAUGUGUAGUGAUGCAAUCAAAUGUGAAGACAACAGGAGGUGCUGAGAGUUGGAGGAGGAGAGUCCCCAAGUGAAAUCAGUUGGCAGCUGCUAGGAAGUCUCCAGAUCCACACCCGAGGGCCCCCCAGUCCGAGCAGCCAGGGGGACUCCCUGCCAAAUACCCAGAUUUACCUGAGAGUCCCAAAGUCUGUCCCGGAGUGAAGUCUCCAGAAUAUGAAACUAGAAAAGCCAGCAUUUGAGCUGCCUGUCACCUACCAGACCCAGUAAGCAGAGAUAGGGAUUGAAUUUUUAUGGGUACUUUAUUCAGAUGGCCAGCGGUCUCAGAAAAUGGUGGGUUUGUACCCUAACAGACCAUCUUAAAUUCCAACCCUUUUUAUAAGGAGAAGAAAAACAUCACUAGCCAUCAGAGAGAUGCAAA